AAGCUGGCGGAGCACUAUAGUGUUUUGUCGCUCGCGUUUUUUACUUAUUCAGUAUGGAAACAAUGGAGGUUGAAGACAAGUAUGGUAGAGCAGCCAGCUUUGCCCGCAAAACAAGUCGACCGCAAUUGAUGCGGGCGCUGUCCGACUUUGAAGAAAAAACGGUCCGGCGGCGGUACAUCUGUCUGGGGAUCUUCAUUCUCGUGGCUGUCAUGGUCAGCAUCGUAAUUUACGGAAUUGUCCACGCAGCCUCGCACAUGGGUCCGCAAAACCAUUUAGAAACUACAACCAGCGUGGAGGAGGUGGCGCAUACUCACGCUCUCGAGGUCACCACGAUUUUGGACAAAGAAGUAACUGAAAGUGCGAACGAAGAAAAUGCGAAGCCUGAAACGUCGAGUGUCACACAUGAGGCUAAGCAUGACAGCGCACACGAGGCUACAGAUAGCACACCUGAGGCUGAAGGUAAAGAGCUCAGCAACCCAACAGACACAAGUGUUACAGCAGCGAAAUCUACGACGCAAUCUUCUCCUUCCACCUCUCACACGACUCCAGCUGAAGAAUAACAUCUGCCAGGAAAAACUGCAUAAAUAAUAUUGAUUGAGAUUUGCGGACUUAUAAUUAAAUUUUAAAAUAAAUAAUGUAGCUUUAAAAAGAUUUUUUAAUCAGUUUUUUAUUUGAAUGUUGCAUGUUGAAUCAUUAUAAGAUAAUAGAGAUGAGGGCAAUAAUUUUAUUUUACAUAAAUGUAUCAACCAGGCAUUUUUUAUUUUUCAUAAUGUUAGAAAAACUGAUUUAAAAUUAAAACAAUUAAAUUUA